AUGUCGACCGACGGCACCAAGUCCGACACCCUCCUCAUCACAGGCUUGCCCAGGACCGUCGACGAACAGCAGAUUCGGCUGGUCUUCGGAGGGAUGGGCCUAUUGCAUGUCCGACUUGACCGGGACUCGGAGACCCAGAAGCCCACUGGGUAUGCAUUCAUACGGUUCGCAUCACCCGGCUUGGCAGCAGAGGCCCUCGAGAAGCGAGGAGGGUCCUCUAACAACGAGGGCUGGCAAGUGACCAUGAGCGCUCGCCCUGACACUGUUGGGGUUAUCACUGAGGGUGCCUGUAUCGACAAGUCCUAUCAAGUUUACAUCGGCAACCUCUUCCCUACGAUAGACUCUGACAAACUAACUGAAGUAUUCAAGGGCAAGUACGAGGGUGUCCGAGUAGGCAGGGUCAUUCGGACACCUCCAGACGACCAAGGCCACACUGAAUCCUUGGGCUACGGCUUUGUGGCCUUCGACUCAUCAGCGCACAGCUACUCCUGUCUAGAAGAGGUGGAGGCCGUUAUGAAGAAGUCGGCGAAGGAUCGGAAACCCGCGGACCUCGGGUGUAUAUUUCCUGAGCCUUUGGGCCCUUCAAAUAGCCUCGUCAUCCGACCAGUGUAUCAGCCAGGGGACUUGGAAGACACUGAGAUGGGGGAGUUGAUCCUACAGGCUACCAGCAUCCAUAUAGCUGGCGUGCGCCCUGAAGCCCGAGAGUCUCUCCGUCAACUCUUCUCGAGGUUCGGCAAACUUGACCCCGACAGAGAGGUCUUCGUGUCCCCUCGGGGCCUCUGGGCCAGGGUCACCUUCUUGGACCACGUUAACGCUUUGGGUGCUCUCUCCCACUUACAGGGCGUACCCUUCAACGACAAGCCUUUGGAGCUCACUUGGCACAUAUUCAGGCGGAGACCGGGGGUUGAUGAUAAUGCUGACAACUUUGACUCGGCCUUGCGCCGGGCGGGGACAUUUGGAAUUCGAGAUACCGAGAACCGAAGCGCCGAGUUUUACGAGUCGAUGAAGCCACAGAAGAGGAUGAGGAAAGAAGAUACUCCCUCCGAGCAGGAGGAGCCUUCAGCCGGCACCCGCGCUGAGUGGUUACGAAAGACUGUAGCGAUGCUCGAGCCCAGCGAGUCGGCUUCCACCGGUGGUGAGGCCACGUCGAAUAUAGAGGAGGCCGAUACAACCAUCACUGCUACGGUACCGGAGAAGGAUGAAGACAGUGAUGCUGUCAGCGAGCAUCCGAGUGACGUCUCUGAUGAUGAUGGAUACUGA